CUUGGAGAACUGCGCUCACGGGCUUCAUUGCGAUGUCGCGCAUAAGGUGCGCGCUUUGUCAAUAGACUUCAAUAGGGCAUCUCGGUCGGCUAGAAGUAUUAGAGGGGACAAUGACAAAACUACAACUGUCAGUGACCAUUCGCGUUGGCCAUCUGUUGAUACGCCAAAGUGGACUUCAAGAGGGAUAACGUAAAGCCUAAUGUUUGUAAACUGUUUCCAAGGAACGAGAACAGUCUCAUUCCGCUCCAUCUCAGACGCAGAGUGCCUUUUCUCGGUACAGUAACACCUACAAACAGCUGGAAGAUGAAGUUUGGAAAGAGCAUUUGUAUCCUCAAUGUGGGUGGUACAAAAUACGCGUUCUCUAAAGACGUGAUCAAGGAUUUCCCUCUGAGUAGAGUGAGUCGCUUGCACAAAUGUGCGUCGGAGAAAGAAGUAUUGGAAGUGUGCGACGACUAUGACCGAGAGAGAAAUGAGUUUUUCUUCGAUAGACACUCCGAGGCUUUUGGUUUUAUUAUGUUGUACGUAAAGUACGGCAAACUUAGAUUCGUACCACAGAUGUGCGAGUUGUCAUUCUACAAUGAAAUGAUUUACUGGGGACUGGAGAGCUCUCACCUGGAGUUCUGCUGUCAGCGAAGGUUAGAUGAUCGGAUGUCUGACACGUAUACGCAUUUUUCUGAGGAAGACACCAUAAAACACGAGGGAGGGUUAAGGGGAGAUUGUUUGGAGAACCGCGAGGGCGCUGACAGUGAGCAGUCAAAGUGGCUUGAAAGAAUGCGAAGGACUUUUGAGGAGCCAACUUCUUCGGUAGCAGCACAAAUUUUGGCCUCGGUGUCCGUCAUAUUUGUCAUAGUGUCCAUGGUGAUGCUUUGUGCAAGUACUUUACCAGACUGGAAAUCCGCUGAAAGCAGCGUGGAGGAGCAAAGGUACACAGACUCAUUAGAACAUCCAUCCGGGAUCAUCGAGGCUGUGUGUAUUGGCUGGUUCACCGCAGAGUGCAUUGUCCGUUUCAUGGUGUCACGGGACAAGUGUGAGUUUGUGCGGCGGCCCCUGAACAUCAUCGACCUCCUUGCCAUCACGCCCUACUACAUCUCCGUUACCAUGACGGGACUGACAGGCGAGAACUCGCAGCUGCAGCGGGCCGGCGUGACGUUACGCGUUUUGCGCAUGAUGCGCAUCUUCUGGGUCAUCAAGCUGGCGCGCCACUUCCUGGGCCUUCAGACGCUGGGCUUGACGCUGCGGCGCUGCUACCGUGAGAUGGUGAUGCUCCUGGUGUUCAUAGCCGUGGCCAUGGCCAUCUUCAGUGCGCUGGCCCAGCUGCUGGAGCACGGCCUGGACCUGGAGUCGGGCAACGAGGACUACGCCAGCAUCCCGGCAGCCUGCUGGUGGGUUAUUAUCUCCAUGACUACCGUGGGCUAUGGAGACAUGUACCCCAUCACUGUGCCCGGGCGCGUGCUGGGUGGCCUGUGCGUGGUAAGCGGCAUCGUGCUGCUGGCACUGCCCAUCACUUUCAUCUACCACAGCUUCGUCCAGUGCUACAAUGAGCUGAAGUUUCGCUCCGCUCGCUGCUCCAGGAGCCUCUCUGCAGAGUUCCUCAACUGAAGUUCCAGGGCCGUUGACCAUCUGCCCAAUCAUACGCAACCCCGCUGGAUCCAUCCAUCCCUCGGAACAUCCAUUGGAAACGUGGCCUCUUUUACUCUCUUAGACUCUUACUCUUGUUAUUCAUGUACACAUAUAAGGUGGAUUUUGUAAGAAUAUAUAUGAUGUGGGUUUCACCCAGUACAAUCUCCUCAGUCGCCUUCAACACUGACUCAAGGUACAGGGUUUACAGAAGCUAAUGGCAGCUGGGAUGGCUUCCAGGGCUGCAAUGAUGACAACGAUGCAGAGUGAAGAUAUCUAUAAGAGGGUGUGACUGUGGUGUCACUGUGGGAGGUCAGUUGGGGUGACAUCAGACAGAGGCCUUCAAAUACUGUGGAUUAUAUCCGACCUGUGCCAGCCUCACUGCCUGGCAUUUCAAUUUAUUUUUCAUAUGGCGAUGUGCCACGGAAAAAUAGGAUUUGGGUUAUACUGUCCUUUAUAAUCCCACACGUCUGGCAACCUACUGGUGUGUGAAUGUUAGACUCUUCUGUGGCUUCCUAGGUCUCUGCUCUAUCUUAGCUACCUUGUUUUUUAUCCUUCACAUGGACUGGUGAAGAAAGGACCGCAAAGUACAAUGAACCAAAGCAUUUCAGUGCACUGUACACUGUAGUUACCCUUUAAUCUCAUUCUUCUGUUCCGUAUGUUCAAGCUUUGAUGGGUGUGAGUCCAUCAGUUCUGUCUGAUUUCUCCAGUCCCAAUGCUUUGAAUUUGAAUGAGCCCAUUAACGACUCAAAUAUGGUCAAAAUGUCUAAAUCUGUUUCCCAUUCCACCUGCAUAUUAAACGCAUGGUGCCUUUGAAAGGUAAUGUUCCAGGCAGAGUGGGGGUGGGAGAGACUGUGGAUGAGAGGAAGAGAGAGGUGUGUGGGUCUGUCAGCUGUGUAGGCAUGUCUGUAAUGUGGAACACCUCGCCAGAGAGCGAGAGAGUGUCAUGGAGAGGCGGGUGGUUUGGCUAACACCACGCAGCGCUGCUAGAGGCCUUGUCUCUCCAACCACAACCUCCGGAGCGCUACGGGUCUUCCGACUGGGGGAGUGGAACCACACUGGCUUGUGCUGCAACCUUAUUGAACUCCUCUGUCUGCCUUAGCGAGACAUGAGGGGCAGACAGGCACAGUACAAAGCACAGCCAUUGCCACGGUACAGGUACUCCUCGCAAUGUUGUUGUCUGAGCCACCCGCUUCUCCUUGAUACACUGUCGACACCACUUUUGGGUGGCUGGUGUGACGCAUUCAGCCUCCUCGCCUCUCCUCUCACUGCCAGUAGGUAUUUGGGCGCAUCUUAAACAGCUUCUGUGCCCACUCUAUUUUCCAUGGUGGAAGAAUCACGUCUCCUCACAUUAGUCCGCUCUGGGGUAAAAUCUCUCUUAUCUCCAACAAGCCUGUGAACUGUUUCUCUCCCUCAGACAUUCAUCCAACAGUUAUUCAGCUCACAGCCUGCAUCCGUGAGGUUACACAUGUAUGAAAACAGUCUGUUGACCUCAUAUCCAGAACUAUUUUACUAUUAACUAUUUCGAAGCAAAGUAAUUUACAAUCGGUUUUGAAGUACACUGGAUAUGGGCAGGAGAAAGUCAGUCCAUCAUUGCCAAAGGUCAUGACUAUUGUAUUCCCCUGAUUCUGAAUAUUAUUUCAUCUCUAAGAUAUAUUCCACAAAUGAUUUAUUCCACAAAGAAACUAUUUCCAAAUGGGUCUAUUCCACUAGGUAUUGUGAAAGGAUGGACAUAUAUGAUCUGGUAUGGAUGUUGGUUGUGUUGACACAGAUUUGCAGGUCCUGUGAUUUGUCCUCAGGAGAGGGGUAUUUUUUUCCCCUCUCUGUCCCAUCUGCUUUCUCUGAUCUCCACACUCCAAACACUCAAAGCAUUCCAAAUGGGGCUUUAACUCUAUUAAAUAUUAAUGAGA